UGUCUAGGGGACUGGCAGCUGGGCAAGCAGGCAGGAAGGCGGGCAGGAAGGCACGGGCAGGCGCGCGGCGGCUGGAGCUGGAGCUCGGGAGAGAAGCGCGCGGCGGCAGCGGCAGCGGAGACAGCUCCGACCCCAGGAUGAGCGGGCUGCACAUUGACCGCGCCCGGCUGCCCGGAGUGCGGGAAGUUCGUCAAGAUUUUGCUAUCCUUGAAGAUGGAGCCUUGGCUCAUUGCUUGCAGAAACAAGAAAUCGAACAACAUUAUGCAUCCAAUGUGCAGAAGAGUCAGCUUGUUCAGAUGGACAUUCGGAUAGCCCGGAAACUACAAGAUGUGGAAAACCAGGGAAGCGAACUGGGAAAAUCUCACCAACAGAAAAAAAUGGAAGAGAGUGACUCCAAGCUGGCUCGAUCAAUCCAGGAAGAAAUUCACCGGAAAGCAGAGGAGUGUCGGCAGAGAGAAGAAGACGACCAGGAAAUGGCCAAGAAAUUGCAAGAGUUAGAAGAAGAGGCGUCUUUCCUUCCAAGCUCCCACAGCAUGAGAGAUGUGAAUCACCCCCAACAUGACAGCACAGACUCCAUCAACUGGCAGAUGGCUGAAUUGGAACUCCAGAGUCAGGAGCAGCUCCAACAAGAUGAAGAAUUGGCCUGGAGAUUGCAGGAAGAAGAGGAGACUCACAUAAGAACAAGAAGGAAUCGGGAGCGCAAUGAUGACUAUCGGACCGCACAAGUGGCCCAGGAUGAGGAGAUUGCCAGGUACAUGCAAGAUGAAGAGCUGAAGUACCAUCAGAGAGAGGUGCGAGAAUGGGAGCUAAGAAGGGAAAGCAGAAACAGAAGCCUCAGCUUUUCCGAACAAAGGCAGAACAGGAGCAAGCAGACUCAAGUACCACCGGACUCUGAGGUUGUGCCCCUUAUUAGAGAUCCAGUUCUGGCCUGCUCCGACUUCCCAGCCCAAGGAUCGGAGGGACACAGUGCAAAACAACUGUUUUCUCGGAAUAUUGCUGAAGAACUGGACCCAACAUUUAAGUCAAGUGGGGCAGACCCGCCCAUUGAUGUCAGUUCUCAAGCUCUUGCCCAUACAGUUCCAGUGGAGGGACUCUUUGAGUACAACGAGGAGAGCCCCGAAGCAGCCUUUAUUUCACCCACCAAGCGUCAGUCAGGACGACAGAAAACCAAAGACAAGAAAGAAGCCUGCAAGCAACAGUGAGACAAAGCUUCUCCCUCUCCCCACUCUGCCCCCUCCCCUACUCCUCUCCUGUCACCUUUUCAACCUCCCCCUCCCCAAAGGGAGACUUAGUUAGACUUCAUGUUGGAUCAAACCCUGGACCACAAAAACUACUUUGCCAUGUCCUUCAAUGACUUCAUGCCUCAUGGCCAUAUUGGGACACCUUUAUUCCUAAGUUAUUGUUUGUAUAUGUGUGUGUGUGUGUGUGUGUGUGUGUGUGUGUGUGUGUGUGUGUGUGUGUUUGGAAAAUGCUUUUGAUGAAUAAAGAGGCAGCUAAUGGCUCAGUGGAUAGAGCACCGGACUUGGAAUCAGGAAGACCUGACUUCAAAUCCAGCCUCAGACACUUACUAGCUGUGUGGCCCUGGGCAAGUCACUUAGCCUCUACCUGCCUCGGUUUCCUCUUCUGUUAAAUGGGAUCAUUAUAGCACUUACCUUUUGGGAUUGUCUUUAAAGCGCUGUAUGUAAAUGCUUCUGUUAUUCUUGAAGAUGUCAUCUCUCUCUCUCUCUCUCUCUCUCUCUCUCUCUCUCUCUCUCUCUCUUUUUUUACCUGUGACAUAUUUGCUUUAAAAAUAUCAAAGGUCAAGCAGUUCUUGAUCUUGGAUUUAUGGGGCUAGGGGUGGCAGAGGAUUUCAUAAAUUAGAUGGGAGUGAAAUCAUCCUGGUGCCAUGUGGAGGACUUAACUGAAAGAACAUGGCGCCUCUUUUAGUAAACCAUCCUCUCCCUGGUUUCUUCCACUGAAAUACUGCAUACAACAUGGCACCUUUCUCUCUCUCUUCUAGCACUGAACUCCAAAGUCAUCAGGAGGCUCUGGGGACCAUAUGUCUAUUUCAGAGCGUAUUAGUCUAGUUUGAAGGAAGAAGUCAAUGAAAAUAUGGGGACUCACUAAAAAGUCCUCAGAGGGGUGGGUGGUCUUGUACGCUGCCCGAUAGACUUUUCUAUCAAACAUCCUUCAAACCAAUGAGCAUUCAUUAGUUACCUACUGUGUGAAAACUAUAAAGGUUUAAAUAAUAAAUGUGCUGUACCCCUGGAAGAAAAAAUAUGGGAACUAGCCAUUACCCAUUAUACCCCCACUGAUACCCAUUAUUCUAUGCAUGUUGUUCUUUCCUCUAGUUAUCUCUGUGACUGGGUAAGUAAGACCUAUGUAUUUCCUAGAAACACAAAUCUAUAUGAAAUUAGUUCUCGCACCAUUUACAAAAUUAAAUGCCUUGUGCUUCAUGCAGAUAUUUCCUCAGUGUAUUUUAAGGGAGCUCAGAGCUGGUGUUUCUUCACUUUGGCCAAACUUGUGCUAGUUAUAUUUUUUGGAAAAUAUAUUUCUAGGAAAUGAAAAUGAAAUUGAGUACAGGGAGGAAGCGAGAAACACAUUACCCAAGAGCAGAAAUUGGAAACUGUACUCACUUCAAUAAAUCCAUUUCCUGGCUACUUUGGGCUCCAGAUUUCCUAUUACCAGAAAGUAGCAUCAAUAACAAUUCAGUUGAAGAAAUCCCAUCUAUGAACAGAAAUAGGAAGUCAAGUGCCCGCGUGUGUCUCAUAGUCUUUGAAAAAAUGCCUGUAUAUGGAACAAUAAUUUUAAGAUAAGUUUGUACUUUGAACAAAGUAUAGACUAACCUAGAAUGGAACUAGCCAGUUCAAUCUAACAAGUAUUUAUUAAGAGGAUGCUACAUGCAAAGGCAAUAUACCAGGCAGAGGGGAUACAAAGGCAAAAUAACAACAACAAAAUACAAUCCCUGACCUUAAAAAGUUUACUUUCUGUGGGAGGAAUACAGUUAUCCCUUCCUCAUGGGAAUGGAGGUAGGGGUAGGGGUUAGGGGCAUGGUACCCCCAUAAUCUGGAAAAUCCACAUAAAACUUUUUGGCCCUCCAUUUGUAACAGAGAAGAAAUCUGGAUUUUGUCUUUUUCUUUUAUGGGGUAGUUACAGUACUUUAUUGUAAAAUUUGGGUUAUUCGGUUCAGGCUCAGUGUCAUCUGCUGGCCUGUGCAUGUUGGCUAUGGCUUCAGCAAAACUCUCAAUAAAUUUCUAUUUAAUUUCUUAUGCUGACCCAUACUAUAUCAAAACCAUGAUGGGGAAAAUUGUAAUGUGGAAGGAAUAACUGUAUGCCCUAUACACAGAGAAGUAGAUGCAUGAGAAAUCAAGGAAGAAGGCAAAGCAUUAGGAAGAUCAGGAGAAGUUCCUGUGAAGAAAAUUGAACCUUGAAGGAAACUGAGCCUGAAGUGGGAAGGAGAGGAAUGACCUCUAGAGGCAUUAGGAAGAAGCUGGAGUCCAGAAGCCUGACCAGGACCUUAGUGCUUUAUGAAAAAUCUGAUUUUCUUUGGACUCUAAUAACAAACAUCAUGUGGCACAUCUCCUUCAAGAAGAGAUCAUUAAAAGGAGACAGGUCACAGAAAUACCCAGGAUUUUUUUUUAUCACAAGAUCCUUCCAAGAACUACUCCCUUCAAAUAAAAGAGUUUAGAGAGGUCUACCAGGAAUUACAGGCUGAAGAGUAUGAUGAGUCAAAGAGUACCCCAAAGUGUAACAUAAUAUUUGCAUGGAGUAAUUUGCUCUCAAGAUGCACCUGGACGAUUGAUUGCCUUUGACAUGGGUGACAUACACAAAAAGAUUUUAUUUAUUUUAUUUUAUUUUAUUUUGAACAUAUAAACCCAUUCUGUCAAGUAGCAUGUGUGUGUCUGUCCUUCAUCUGGAUGGUAUGUAGUACUGCAUUGCCUUUAGAAAAGGUGCUGGUAAUAUUUUAAACUCCUUGAAUGUUUUCCAAUGGUCCUGUUGCUCUUCCUUCUUAAAAUAAAUGUAUUGCAAAGAGA